GCGGGUUUUAGUUCUCUUUUUGACUCUGGUACCUCAUUCACGUACUUGGCAGAUCCAGCUUACACAUAUCUAUCUGAGAGUUUCAAUGCACAGGUGCAAGAUAAACGGCAAGCACCUGAUUCCAGAAUCCCUUUUGAGUAUUGUUAUCAUAAGAGGUCUUUUUCUCCUAGGAACUUUUUUAAUUUUUAUUUUUUUUGUAUGACACUAUUACUUGUAGAAACUUUUUUUUCCAUCGUUUUUCAAACAAUAUUUAAUUCAAAUGUUACUGGUAGUUCUAAUCAUACGAAGAUUCAGAUUCCUGAUCUAAGUCUGAUAACAAAAGGUGGAAGCGAUUUUCCUGUUAGUGAACCGGUAAUUGUCAUCUCUGUUCAGCAGCAUGAAUAUGUAUAUUGUUUAGGUAUUGUGAAGAGCAGCAGACUAAAUAUAAUUGGACAAAAUUUCAUGACUGGCCUUCGCAUUGUAUUUGAUAGCGAGAGGAAUAUCCUUGGUUGGAAGAAGUUUAACUGUUAUGAAUCUGAGGACUCCAACCCCCUCCCUGUAAAUCCAAAGAAUUCUUCUGCUCUCUCGCCUACUGCACCAAAAAAUUACACUCCAGAAGGCAUGAAGGGGAAUGGGAAUGGGACUCAGGCUGAUCCCAGCUCCAUAUCUGGGUUGAGUUGUCCGGUCUGUCAUACAUUAAUACGGACGACAGAUCCAAUGUACACCUUGUGGUAGCAGGAGCCUAGCAUUUCAUGCAAAUUUUUUUAUUUCUGUAUAUAUUGUUCUAAUUGCCAGAUUAUUUCAGAAUCAAUUUUAGAUAUAUAGCUAACUCGAGGUCACUGUUUUUUUCCUCUCUUAAAACAUAUGAGAAAUAACCAUAUGUAUUUUUGAAAUUUUGAUGAAUUCCCUUGUUCUGUU